AUAAACAAGCAGAUAAAACUUGCAAAAUUAUAUAAAUUAAGAAAUCCGAUUUGACCGGGACAGAUGUAGUGGCGGAUAGAGAAUUUAUCCGAACCAUCUCCCAACCGGGUUUAUUUAUAAAGAUUUGUGGGGAAAAAACACGACCAGAUUCUAUUUCUAGCCCUAAACAGCCAAUCCCUGCCUCCCUCAAGCUCACAAUUCACUCGUCACAAUCCACAGCAGAUCCCUCUGGUUGAGUGCAUUCGCCGGCCACCCACCGCUCUUCACUCCCCUGUCCUCAUUCCUAUAACCUCUUCACCCAAAACAGAAGCAUCCAGCGUCUCCAGCACCAACAGUUUUCAGGCUCAAGAGCUAUGAACUGGGUUCAACGGAAGAUCUACCUCUAUAAUGUCACUUUUGGUCUUUUCAUGUUGGAUUGGUGGGAGCGUUACCUUUUCAAUAUUCUGAUGAUCGUGUUGAUGUGGUUCAUUUUCUACAAUGGAUCGCGAUAUGUCACUGACUUUUGCAAGAGGCAUCUGUGGUGAAUCCCAAUCAUCAAAUGUUGCAGUCAUGUGAAUUAUCACAAGGGAAAUGCCAAUUUGGAAUAAAUGAAUGAUAUAGUAGAAUUUCCUAUCUUUGGUUCUCUUACUGGACUUUAUUCUGCACCAUCCAUGUAAUGAUUAUAAACCUUGGUCUUAAAUUUUGUAAGGAUUCAAGAUGUAUUCUUUCUUAUUGUAGUGAUUGUGACACUUCUCCGACCAAUUGCAAUUAACGGAAUUUUGCAUUU